AUGAGACCAAACAUAAAAGGAGGAGUUUGGAGAAAUGUUGAAGAUGAAAUAUUAAAGGUGUCGGUGAUGAAGUAUGGGUUGAAUCAAUGGGCUAGAAUAGCAUCGUUGUUGACUAGAAAGAGUCCUGCUCAAUGCAAGGCUAGAUGGUUUGAAUGGUUAGACCCAUCGAUUAAAAAGUCAGAGUGGACAAAGGAAGAAGAGGAAAAGUUGUUGCACUUGGCAAAGAUCUUCCCAAGUCAGUGGAAGACAAUCGGUCCGUUGGUAGGACGUACCGCCGCACAGUCAUUAGAACAUUACAAUCGUUUAUUAGAUGCAGUACAACAAGAAGGUGGAGGUAUAGGUGGAGGAGAGGGAGAUGGUGGUAACAACGAAGACGUACGUCGUCUACGUUCAGGUGAAAUUGAACCACUACCAGAGACUAAACCUGCCAAACCAGACCCAAUAGACAUGGAUGAAGAUGAAAAGGAAACACUGUCGGAAGCAAAGGCACGUCUAUCAAACACUCAUGGUAAAAAGGAAAAGAGAAAGUUUAGAGAGAAACAAUUAGAAGAAGCUCGUAGACUUGCUUUUCUUCAAAAGAAAAGAGAAUUAAAAGCUGCUGGUAUUAUAUUAAAAGAGAAACAAAAGAAAAAAGAUACAAAGAGAUUUGAUUAUAGUCAAGAGAUUGCAUUCCACAAGAAACCGUUGCCAGGGUUUUAUGAUACGACAGAGGAGAGUCAAGUCGAUCCAAACAAGGAUAGACAGUUUAUCAAUGCACGAAUGGACAAGAUGGAUGCGUCCAAGACGAGUGAAGAUACGGAACGUGCCAACAAGCUGGCACACAUUAAAAAGAAGAAACGUGAGGCUAUGGCACUCCCCGAUCUCAUCAAGCAGGUGAAUGAGCGUAACGACGUUGAUAUGACGGUCAAGAGAGGCAAGAUGGUACUGCCAACCCCACAACUGACCGACGAUGAUUUGGAAGAGAUUGCAGAGUUUGAAAAACACAAUAACAAAAUUGCUGCAAGUGGAUCGUCAUCUGCUACAAGUGCUUUGGUUGGUGGGUUCAAAGUACCUCAAACUCCUGCUAACAGUGUUGGUGGAUCUACGUCAUCAACGAUUACAGCACGUACACCAUUACGAGAAGAUAAUCUUAAAGCUGAAGCAAAGGCAUUGUUGGCAAUGACAACUGCACAAACUCCACUCAAAGGUGGAGCCAACCCAGCUUUUAAUCCAGCUGAUCUCAGUAGUGUCACACCAAGCAUGACAACACAACGCACACCCAAUCCUAUCCGUACACCCAAUACUCUUAAACAAGAGUUGUUGGCACAGUCGACACCUGCGAGCAGCGGAUUUGCCAGCACGCCCCUUUCAACAUCCAACAAGCAACAACAAAGAGCAGAGAGACAAUCCCUACUCGGACAACUCAACAAUCUUCCCAAACCAGUCAACGAGUAUGAAGUGUCGUUACCAGACGACGAGCCAACCAUCGAAGAGAUGGACGAAGAUCAAGACGGCGUAGUACUCGACGAAUCUGAAAGAGGUAUUCGUCAAGACCAAGAAUUUAGACACAAACAACAAACUAAAAUGAAAAAUAGAUCAACAGUCUUGAAGAAAUCAUUACCUCGUGCCCAUUCAACUAUAAAUAACAAAAAAGAUAACAAAGAUAAUAAUAACAAAGAUAGAAGUAGUAGUAGUAAUAAUAGAUUUGUGGUAACUGAAAAGAUAACAGAUGAUUUGGAAAAUGCAGAACUAUUAUUGAUUCAAGAAAUGAAUGAUAUCAUUUUAAAUGUUAAUAGAAGUUUCCCAAUGAUUAUUGGUGAUAAUCAACAACAACCUCAACAACAACAACAACAACAACAACAACAACAACAACAACAACAACAACAACAACAAUCAAUUAUAGAAGAAGUAGAUGAAAAUUAUGAAACUUUUACAAACAAGGAAAUGGAUCAAGCAAUUAUAUUAUUAAAAAAGGAAAUGGAAUCUAUGAAACAAGAAAAUUAUAAUCAACAACAAGAAAAUGUGGAUGGAGAUAAAUUAUUAAAAGAGGAAUUUGUAAAUAAUUGGGAAAAGGUAAAUGAAAAAUAUGUUUUUGUGUCUAAUGAAAUUGGAUAUAUGGAAAGAGAAAAGGUUACCGAUGAUCAAUACGUCAAGAUGCUCAACGAAGAGUACACCCAUAUCAUAAACUCAAUGAAGACCAUGUCUAAAAAGACGGCAGUCAUUGAAAAGAAGAUGACCUCGGAUCACCAACCAUUUGUACAACGAUUGGCAAACUCUGCAAAAUCAAUUUCCCAACUCCACGAUGAUUUGGUCCAAGCAUCGAUAGAACUACAAUGUUUCCGUGACCUUGCAUCAACCGAAAAACAAUCACUGGAAAAUCGUCACAAACAUUUAGAAAACCUUGUCUAUGAUCAAUGUGAACGUGAAAAUAAUCUUCAAACACGUUAUUCUAAAUUAAUAUUAAAAAAGAAUCAAUUAUUAUCAUCAAAUUAA